AAUAACUUCUUUAACAGAUAAAAAAAUUAUAUAAAUAUGUCAAAUAAACCAGAAACAAUUCCACCUCAAUCUGAUACAAAAAUUUUUGGUGGCGGUGGUGGAUCCGGAAAAACUGGAUAUGAUGUAGCACUUGGUGUUCAAACUAAACUUUGGGAAAGCCAAAAUAAAUCUACUUCUAUACAUGGAACUGCAACAUAUGCUCAACAUUUGGGUGGACCAUAUGGAAAUAGUAAACCAAAUUAUGGUGGUGGUAUUGGUGUCAGAUUUAAUUUUUAAAGGAGAAGAUUUUAAUCCUACCAAGAGAAAAAUAUGUGGCUGUAUACAUUUUAAAAAGCAUAUUUAAAAACAUAACACAAACCUAAUACU